AUGGCGAUAGAAGCACCUGUGUUCCAACUUGUGGAGAGUGCCCACAGUGUCCUCCAGGGUAUCUCCGCAAGGACCAGUACCACUGCAUCAAGCCGACAGAGUGUGACUGUAUCACUGAUGGAGGUGUUGUUGUCAAGGCCUGAGACAUACACUACCAAGCCUGAGUCAUACACCACCAAGCCUGAGACAUACACAACUAAGCCUGAGAUGUUUACGACAACACCACGUGUCUCUACAACACGCCCAGAGGUGUUCACUACCAGGCCUGAGACAUACACCACCAAGCCUGAGACCUACACCACCAAGCCUGAGACAUACACCACCAAGCCCGAGACCUACACCACCAAGCCUGAGACAUACACAACUAAGCCUGAGAUGUUUACGACAACACCACGUGUCUCUACAACACUCCCUCAAACAUACACCACUGUUACAACUGAAUGUGCGAAGAAGGUAUACGGCUGUUCCUUCCGUUGUGAGGAAACCUGUCACUGCUACAGAUACAAGAUCACACAGUGCCAGCGCAAUGACCCCAAGGCCUGUGUGCCAACAUGUGGUGAAUGCCCUGCAUGUCCCAAAGGCUACAUCAGAAAGGACCUGUAUCACUGUGUCAAGCCUACAGAGUGUGACUGUAUCACCGAUGGAAACGUUGUUGUACCGGCGGGCAAGACAAUUAAGGUCGGCCAAUGCCAGGUAUGCACAUGUUACCAGAACACCUUGACAUGUUCUAACUUGUGCACGACCUCGGCUACAACUGAGGCAACAACAACAACAACACGGGCAAUCACCACUGGAUACAAGACACCUCGAAAGGUCACAACACCAGUUACAACACCAGCUACAAGACCAACAACACCAACCCCAUCAGUGACAACAGAGGCAACUACUCCAAGUACAACCACUCCAGAGAGGACCUACCCUGAGACCACCAGGCCUGAGGUUACUGAGCCAGAAAAGACCUACCCAGAGACAACCAAGCCUGAGGUUACUGAGCCAGAGAAGACCUACCCAGAGACAACCAAGCCAGAGGUUACUGAGCCAGAGAAGACCUACCCUGAGACAACCAAGCCUGAGGUUACAGAGCCAGAGAAGACCUACCCUGAGACAACCAAGCCCGAGGUUACUGAGCCAGAGAAGACCUACCCUGAGACAACCAGGCCAGAGGUUACUGAAUCAGAGACCACAAAGCCAGAAACGUACACUACAGUCCUAACAACAACAUACAAAACACCAAGGAAGGUGACAACACCAUCCUCUACUACCAGGCCUGAAGUUACUGAGCCAGAGAAGACAUACCCAGAAACUACAAGGCCAGAGGUUACAGAGCCAGAGAAGACCUACCCAGAGACCACCAAGCCUGAGGUUACUGAGCCAGAGAAGACCUACCCAGAAACCACAAAGCCAGAGUGGUCAACAGUACCUGAGACAACAAGGCCAUGGUUUACAACAGAAAUGACAACUCAGUGUAAGAAGAGGGUCUAUGGCUGUGCAUUCCGCUGUGAAGAGACCUGUCAUUGCUACAGGUUCAAGAUAACCCAGUGUGUGUAUGGUGAUAGGAGCUCAUGUGUUCCAACAUGUGGCCCAUGCCCAGCAUGCCCACCUGGAUAUGUCCGCAAGGAUAGGGAUCACUGCGUGAAGCCAACAACAUGCCCAUGUGUUACAGCAGAUGGAACUGUUAUACCUGCUGGAGAGAAGAAACAGAUCGACUCCUGCAACAUAUGUGAGUGCUACAACAAUCAACUUAAAUGUAAGAACUUCUGCGCCACAACAACGCCAGUUGUUGUCAGCACCACCGUGACGAAGCCAGAAACUACUUCAGCACAAGAAACAACCACCUACCGUACACCAAGGAAGGUAACCACACCUGGCACUACCACACGCCCUGAAGAGUACACUACGGUACCUGAAACUUGGACCACCAGGCCCGAGACAGAGACCACAAAGCCCGAGACACAGACUACAAAGCCCGAGACAUGGACCACCAAGCCUGAGACUUGGACGACCAAGCCAGAGACUUGGACCACAAGGCCCGAGACAUGGACCACCAAGCCAGAGACAUGGACCACAAGGCCAGAGACUUGGACCACCAGGCCUGAGACUUGGACCACCAAGCCAGAGACUUGGACCACAAGGCCCGAGACAUGGACCACCAAGCCUGAGACUUGGACCACCAGGCCUGAGACUUGGACCACCAAGCCAGAGACUUGGACCACCAGGCCAGAGACAUGGACCACAAGGCCAGAGACUUGGACCACCAGGCCUGAGACAUGGACCACCAAGCCUGAGACUUGGACCACCAAGCCUGAGACAUGGACGACUGAGCCUGAAACCUGGACAACAAGACCUGAAAUGGAGACAACACCAGAGACAUGGACAACUACCUACCGUACACCAAGAAAGGUAACAACACCUGGCACAACCACACGUCCAGAAGAGUACACUACAGUACCUGAAACUUGGACCACAAGGCCAGAGACUUGGACUACCAAGCCAGAGACUUGGACCACAAGGCCAGAGACUUGGACCACCAAGCCCGAGACUUGGACCACCAAGCCAGAGACUUGGACCACAAGGCCAGAGACUUGGACCACCAAGCCAGAAGCACAGACCACCAAGCCCGAGACUUGGACCACCAAGCCAGAGACUUGGACCACAAGGCCAGAGGCUUGGACCACCAAGCCAGAAACACAGACCACCAAGCCAGAGACACAGACCACAAAGCCCGAGACACGGACCACCACACCAGAGAGCACUACUGAAUGUGCAACAAGGGUCUACAGGUGUUCCUUCAAGUGUGAUGAAGUGUGCCACUGCUACCGUACUAAGAUCACCCAGUGUGCAUAUGGAGACCCUAAGGCCUGUGUACCAACAUGUGGGGAGUGCCCACCCUGCCCUGCUGGGUAUGUUAGGAUGGACAGGGACAGGUGUAUCAAGCCGGCAGAAUGUGACUGCAGGACAGAAGAAGGCGUCACUGUGCCAGCUGGAAGCACUAAGAAGAUAGAUGAAUGCACUAUGUGCACUUGUUACAACAACAAGCUUACCUGCUCACACCUCUGCACCACCUCAACCAUCUCAACCACUCCACUUGUUGAGACAACUGGAACCGUCACUACUCCAGAAAUCUACACCACCAAGCCUGAGGUUUCCACCACAACACCAGCAACUGAGACAACAACAUACAAAACACCAAGGAAGGUUACGACUCCCUCAUCAACAACUUCAGAGACAUACACCACUAGGCCAGAACAGACAUACCCAGAGACCACCAGGCCAGAGAAGACCUACCCUGAGACUACCAGGCCAGAGAAGACCUACCCUGAGACCACAAGGCCAGAGAGGACCUACCCUGAGACCACAAGGCCAGAGAAGACUUACCCUGAGACCACAAGGCCAGAGAAGACCUACCCUGAGACCACCAGGCCAGAGAAGACUUAUCCUGAGACCACCAAGCCAGAGCAGACCUACCCUGAGACCACCAGGCCAGAGAGGACCUACCCUGAGACGACUAGGCCAGAGAGGACCUACCCUGAGACCACUAGGCCAGAGAGGACCUACCCUGAGACCACCAGGCCAGAGAAGACUUACCUGAAACCACAAGGCCAGAGAAGACUUACCCUGAGACCACUAGGCCAGAGAGGACCUACCCUGAGACCACCAGACCAGAAAAGACUUAUCCUGAGACCACCAGGCCAGAGAAGACUUAUCCUGAGACCACCAAGCCAGAGCAGACCUACCCUGAGACCACCAGGCCAGAGAGGACCUACCCUGAGACCACUAAGCCAGAAACCUACACUACAGUUCUUACAACAACGUACAGAACACCAAGGAAAGUGACAACGCCAUCCUCUACUACUACGUCUGAGAUUUCCACUGAGGUCUCCACGACCAAGCCUGAGAUCUACACCACUACACCUGAGAUCUACACUACUACACCUGAGGUGUAU